AUGACCGGCGAUGCCGCCGUCAUCCGGGACCUGACCCUCAUCAGGGUGGCGGCGACCGCAGAGACCGUCGCAGGUGAUGCAUAUCGUGGACACGUUUCAGGCCGCGUCGUCGACGUCGCGCCCGAUUCGCUGAUCGUCGAGGCGACCGGCACCGAGGAGAAGAUCGACCGGCUCCUGGGAGUCCUGCUGCCCUACGGUCUGCUCGAGAUAGCGUGCGCACCGGGCGGGUUGCCAUGUCCCGGGGACAGCAGAGCGUGGCGACCGAGUCGGCCGGCGUCCCGGCCGAUGCCGUUAGGUCCCGGCGACGAGCCGUGUUUCCGAUUCCGUGUGAAAAUCGUCGCAACCCGUAAUCCCACCUCGGAUCAUCCCGACCCGCGAGUCGAAAAAUCAAUGGCAACGAUCACACGACUCUGCGGAUCUCUCACUGAUACGGGCAGGAAGGUUGCCAUUUUUCGCUACUGCUCCCAGGGUCAUUCCAUGCCUGAAUCUGAGGAGCAAGGGGUUCUCCGUGCAGGUGCGCUGUCGGGGACGGCAGCCGUUCGCGCGCUCCUGGGCUUGAGUCGACGGCUCACUUUGACAGCGGGACCGUAG